AUGCACAAGAAAGAUAAACAGCGUACAGCAGACGCUAUGUUAACAGUUCAUAAUGGAAAUUCUACUUCAUUAUUAGAAGGAAGAAACAACGCACAAUCAGUUACACCACCAAACUCUGGGGAAGCAAAUAGAGAUAUGACAUCUGCGUCCUCGCAAUCCACAACUCCGAUCAUGGCAACGCGAGCACCACCACUGCCACCACGAUCAUCGGACACGGCAGAUCCAUCUGCUUUCUUUAAUACUCGCGCGAAUGCUGCUACAACUGCAAAUUCGUCGUCAACACUUUCUUCUUCAACACGAUAUCCAAAACCGGCUCUUUCUUCGUCGACACUGCUUCCAUCUUCACUACAAUCGGCCUAUCAACGAGGAGCACAAUCAGCCACUUCAGCAGCAGAUCAGAUUGAAGCGGAUAAGAUGGAAGUAACAAAUAUUAUUGCAAACUAUGCAGUGGAACCACUGGAAAUGUUGCAUCUUGGUGAGUGA